ACUUACAGUGUGUGCUGUUCACAGGGAAAUAAUGCAGUUGAAGAGACAGAGCUCAGCUUUUAGGAUCCAAAGGAACCUUUUUUUAGAUGUUUCUGUUCACUCAAGUUUACUAUGUGACGACUGAUAGCUCUCCAAACAGACUUUCCUUACAGGUAAAUCAGUGUUUUCUUUCACUUUAAAGUUGUUGUCAUAAUUUUUCUUUGUCAAGACUAUAACGAGGAGUUCAAAGAUUGGGUCGCUUAAAGUCACUUUAUCAGUGGUGUUUCUGUUGAAUGCUCCUAAGGUUGAUAACACUUGGUUAUUUGCUCCCUUUAGUAGAUUAGAUGACCUCUCUGUAACUCUAAUCGGUCAAACAGAUAUGACUUUUCUGUGUUUUAUGGAGGAGGAGGAGCAAUAAAAGUUUUAAUCUUAACCAGAGUUUGGACUGUUGCACCUCGAGGGAGCCUGAGACCCCUGGUAAGGAGCCGGCAACAGCUACGCUCUGUUCAAGACUUUUGUUUUUUUAAAAACAUGGUGUCAGUAAAAGCCGUGGCUAUUGGUGGCACUGUCACCGCCGUGGUUGUCAUAAUUGUAGUUGUUGUUCCAUCGGUGCUGCUGACCGGUCAAAAAGAGGAUUUCAGGGAAACAUUUAUGAGGAAGUGUUUGGAGUUUCCAGAAGAAAAACAAAUGUAAGUCCAGUUUUAACACCUGCUGUUUGAAAAAGUAUUAGGAUUGUGUAGAAACGUCAUUUUUGUAAAACAAAAUCUGAAUAUCAUGGAGGAAAAUAAGUCUAAGUAUCUGCAUUUGUCUUCCAGCUGUGAAAAUAAAUGGGCCGCCUUUAAACAAGCCUACAUCGGGAAGGACAAAUGCAGCAUCAUCGAGGAAAACUAUGAUAAACUCUUUGCUGAGACGCCCUUCAAGCACCCAUGUAGCAAAGUAAACAUCCUUCUUCACACCACUGCCUUGAUAACAGUGUUAUACACAUUUUGACAUUUCCUUAACUGCUGCCUUAUCUACUCUUUUGGGAUCAGACCAUGUUCUGGAGCAAAACAUAUGAACUGGUCCACAAGUACACGGAGAAAACAGAGUGUCUGUUCACCCUGGAGGACACUUUGCUGGGAUAUGUGCUGAAUGGACUGAGCUGGUGUGGAGAACCAGGCAGCAACGGUAAGAUUCAACCAGCUCAUAUAACCCUACAGUGGAAACAAACAGCUGUAGCAUGUUAGUGUUGAUCAAUUUGCACACAAAACCCUCACUUUUUCUUUUUUUGCUCACAUCCUUUUUCAUGAGAUUACAUGGUGGUUGCGUAUUUCGUCUUCUACUGUGUGAUCCAAUUUGGCUCCAACAUGCUUUAGAUGAAGCUACUCUGCUGAUGUAUUCUGUACUGUUUCUGCAAUUGUAUUCAAUUAUGUGAAUUAUAUGUUGAUAUCUGAACAUCUGAUUAUUUUAGAACUGUGAAAAUGAAUAAGGUCCGAUAAUAUGUGUCUGUUGUUUGUAUUGUUCUGGUUUUGUUGUUUGGUUUUUGUCUUGUAGGCUGUUGUGAGUUGUUGUGGUUAUUGACGUUGACGUCUUUGUGUUUGUGGCGGGAUGUUUUUUGUGACUGUCCACUAGCGAUGGCCUUAGCCAAAGCUAAUGGAGAUUGAAAUAAAUGAAAAUACAUGAAAAUGUUGUUUAUCCAAAAAAAAAGAAAAAAUGAAAACUCUCUCUGGAGACUCUCAACAAUGUUUAAAACCUUUUCUGCCUACUUAAACAACUCUUUUUUUUAUCGUAUUUUAGCAGAGUAUAUGUCAAAAGUUUAUGUCAGAGUCCAGCAGGACACAAUAUUGCAGCCUAGCUUUGAUAAAUAGGGAGGUAACCACUCAAGUCUCCCAGCAGAGGGCGCAAAUGUGUCAUGCUUAACACAAACCAUGUGGGAAACUAGUGAGGCUUAGUAUGACGCACCAAAUUUGCCAGUAGAGGAAGUGCACAACAGAUGACAAAGGGUGGCAGCAGGUGGUAAAUAGUGGCAGGUGGAAUAGCUGAGACAGUCUGUGAAAUUUUCCCUCACAGUUACAUGUGACUAGACUGAAGGUCAAUGAAAAAAAAAAGAAAUUAAAUUAGAAAAAAAACAAAAAAAAAACUUACAAUAUAAAUAUAUUCUCUGCAUUUAUUCUAUUCUAGAGACCUUGACUGAUAAAUGUGAGGACUGUCGGCCCAACCCUGUCAAUUCAUUCUGGCAAGUAGCUUCGAGGAAAGUAAGUCAGCCGACCCAUCUGGAUUUCAUUUUUCUUUCUCUCUGUUUUGUAAUAAUAAGUCCAAUAAUUAGGCGACUAAUUAGGCCUCCCUGUGUAAUGCAGUCCCAGUCUCCCUCAGGUCCCACAGGUUGGUACAAUUCACAGUUCACAGUUGAUUUGAAGAGCUGGGAGUAAUCCUGGUACUUUCCUAUAAUUGUGGCUCCGCCCCCUGAAAGCAGUCAAUCUGAACUGACGGGUAGUAAAUGGAAACUCUGGGGUCUUUCGCAAUAUGAUAGCUAAAAAUUAAGGACUCUAUUACAUAUCAGCUAUUGAGAGCCUUAAUCUAAUAGCCAGAGAGACAAACAUGUAGCAUAAUGACUUUUUUAAAUGGGUGAUCAGUGACUUAAUGUUAUUAAAAUGUGAUGAUGGGUUAUGAGAGACUUGAGAAGACGAUGAGAUCCAAGCCAAAUUUUCAUAGUCAUUUUGUCACUGGUACUUUCGGUGUAGUACUCACUUCAUGAAUGAAGAUUUGAGUAGGAAAUCACCGGGAUUAACCCCUCUUUACUUUAUGAAGAAUCCAGUGACAGAAAUAGCCAACAGUUCGUCAUUACUUUGCAACCCUGUAUAGUGUCAGAUACUAUAAUAAGACAAUUUAGAAGUGAUGUCCUGAUUUAGGCAAAUACACUGAAAAACAAUGUGAUAUUAGGUUUUUUUUAGACUCUGAAGAUUAUUCCUAAAACUCUUAAACUUUGUACUUUUUUCUAAACUUACGUUGCUGAUUACUAAUUAAAAUAUUCUGUAUUCUUGUGUUUCCCUAACAGGUCAUUAACUCACAGAUUUGGAAAUACCAAAUUCCCAUUUACCAUAUUUAAUUCAGAUUGACUGCUUACACCCAAAAUGGGCGUGGCUAAUUUUGUUUAUGACGUUUCCUCUCCAGCCUUCUUCACUCUGCUGGUGUACAUUACCACUUAAUGCUGCAUUUAUAAACAGAGCUGUCAAUGAUAGAGUUAGAAUAAUAUAACUAAUCAACGCUAAACUUGACAGUUGACGAUAAUAAUGUCAAGUUUGACUCAUGUUCCAUCAAUUAAAGGGAUAUUCCGGCAUAAAAUUAACUUUGCUUCUCUAGUUAUACCAACUUUAGUAACGACCGCACGAUAGCAAUACACAGCGGUCUGAGGAGCCAUAAACAAACCUCAACCAAAACGCUACUCUAUAACCACAAAUAAUUUUCAGAACAGCAUCUAACUUCAUCAACAGUACAAAUAGGGUCCCAGCCACAGUACUAGCCACCAAACAUCUUUUUAACUUUGCCUAAUUUCUUUAGGAAAGAGACAAAACACAACUCACCUACUCUCUUCCAGCAGCCGCUUGUUUGUAGCGAGACCUCAGGCCAGUGCAUUACGGACUACAGCGGGGUGACGCAGCUCAAGGAAGAACAUUUAUGAUUUUAACUUCAUGGAAAUGCAAUCAGACCGAGACGCUAAGGCAGAAGAACAUCUGCAGUGCAAAAUGAUUAAUAUGGUGAUUAUUACUUCAAGGAAAUGAUAAAGAAAUUGCUAGCGUGCUAAAUCAAAUAUCGUUGUUACUAAAGUUGGUAUAACUAGAGAAGCAAGCAGUCGGCAACAUUCAUCUCUUGAGGGGUUGUCUAACUCGGUGUUACGGUGUGUUUGACCCUAAUUUAAUUCUACGUCAGAAAAUCCCUUUAGCAUGAGGAAGGUGGGGUUUCAUGACCUGUACCAAAAGCAGUCAGCAAGGGGAGCUCUGAAUCUUUUGCCCUCAGCUGUCAUGUCUGAACCAUAAUAUUUGUAUGUUUACAGUUUGCAUUACAUGCAUGUGAAGGGGCGUCAGUAAUGCUUGAUGGUGAGAGGACUGAACCGUACGAUUCUAACAGGUGAGCUUCCCAUUUUUAUUUUAUUUUUUUUAGCAUUUCUGUGUGUGCAUGAACUUUUGUCACGUUCAGAUGUCAGAAAAGGGAGAUUUACCAAUAUUUUAAGGCUCUCAAAUGGGCCGUUUUGUUUUUGCUGUUAGUUUCUUUGGAAGUGUUGAGGUUCCCAGCCUUCAGUCCCCUCAAGUGAAGAGCCUCACUGUUGUUCUGGUCAACAAGGAGAGCGGGUAAGCCUUUCUGAUCUGAUCUGAAAAAGUAUAGCUGAUGAGACAAAAUACAUGUAAAGAUUAACUGAGAGGAAGUAAAGCCUUUCUUAAAAAUCUGCUUUAUUUCUUUCAACCAGGAGAAACUGCACCUGUGAGGCUCUCGGGAGUCUAAGGAAGGACCUGGAUUCCAGAAUUGGUUGCACCUGCAAAGCGGUGUCGAAGUAAGUUCAUUUUAUCUUCUUCUGUGCUAACAAUAAAACACGCUAUAGCUGUAACAAACAUCUGUGUUAUUUUGUGACUUUACUCACCACACUUCCUGUUUAUUGUUUGACUGUAGAUCACAGGUUGAGAAGUGCAUCGAGGACGACACGCCUUGUGGAACCUGCUGGUGAACGUUUCCAUACUCAGCGUCGUAAUGUACUUCAGAACAAUGGUUCUUAUGUAGCCCAGAGGUUUAAGCACACAACUCAUAUACUACUAAAGUCUUCCUUUAGCAAAUCUUAUCCCCAAUUUCCACCGCAUCCGGAAUGGCUACGAAAAGGCCGUAUCCAUCGAUGAUAGUUGAUCGUAACCAUUCAAGUAAAUGUGUCGAUUUCCACCGGCUUCUUUCCGUUCCGCUGUGGAUCGCUGGACUCUGCAGUUGAACGCAAGAGUUCUAUUUUUUCCGGACGCUGGAGCAUGCCAACUAAAUUCAGCACAGAUUAACCCGUGCUGGAAAGGAAGUCAGGCACAGACACAAAAAUAAAACAUCUGGCCUCUUUUUGAAAUAAAACACUCUGUGGUUCAGGCGGAUCGUAUUUCACACCAUGCAAACAGGCGGGGAUGAACAAGUAAAAGGUUUUUGGACAGCAUUUCACCUCGAUGACACCAUGGAUGAGGAGAUGCUGAUUCUAGAAUUCUAGAGGUGGACUUCCUCUUCUGGAAGGACUCAAUCUACUGCAUUUAUGGUUAGCCUCUGUGGCUAAGAGACAACUCGUUAUCGUGCAAUUGCACGUGAAUCCACGGGUUCUUGUGAGUUCUUGCGAUUACCGCUGUCUGUAAUCCGCCACAAAAUUCUUCUCACAAACGGAUCUGGUUGGAAUUGGCGUACGGCGAAAUUCGCCGCCGUUUGAGAGCUCAACCGUUUGUGAAUCUGUCUUGUUUCUGCAUUUUCACAUAAAAUAUCAUCAAUAAAUUUGAUAUUAAGAAAAAAAAAAAAACAACAGCAUUUAAGGGACACAAUUAGCAAAGACUGCUUUGCCUACAGGGGGCGCCACAAUUCACAUGAACCAAAAGUUUCUCACAGGAGCUUUAAAUGACAAAUUAAAACAAUUUUGUGCCUACUUUUUUCUUUUCUCCUGCCACCUUACAAUGUUAGACCGAUAAACUCGCUUUCAUUUUACAUCAAUAUCUGGAAUUUUUAGCUGUUUUUGCAGUUUUUGUUGAACUUCCUGAGUAAGUUUUUGUUCUUUCAAGUUGAAUCAGUUUGUUAAAUAAACGUUUUAUUUUUUCAAUCUGCAA